GGGGAAGGAAGGAAGGAGGGAGGGAAGGGAAGGAAGGCCCGGGCCUCGUCGGCCGCCGGAACAGGCGAAGAGGAAGUGUGGGCGGUGCGAGGCGGCGGGGACAGGCCCGCUCCUCCCCCGGACCCCCGGACUUCGGGACCCCCGGACCCCGGGGAGAGGGGCCCCGAGCCAUGGCCGCCAUCGUGGCCCUGAGGAGAGCAGCCGCCCGCUGGGCCCUGGUCCUGGCGGAGCCCGGCCGGGGGUCGUCCCCCUCAGCCCGGCCCCUCUGGCUCCGAGCCGCCGGGCCCCCCCGGGCCCGGACCCUCCACCUGUCCGCCGCGGCCUCGGCCGGGCACAACAAGUGGUCCAAGGUCCGGCACAUCAAGGGCCCGAAGGACGAGGCCAAAAGCCGGGUGUUCUCCAAACUCGCGCUGAUGAUCAGAUACGCCGUCAAAGAGGGGGGGCCCAAACCCGAGUUCAACCCAAGCCUGGCAAACCUCCUGGAAAUAUGCCGGAGCAAGAACAUGCCCAAGUCGACGAUUGAGACCGCGCUGAAGAAUGUGAAAGACAAGGACGCGUAUUUGCUGUUCGAAGGCCGCGGCCCAGGCGGCUCCUCCCUGCUCAUCGAGGCCCUUUCCAGCAACAGCCAGAAGUGCCACGCCCACCUCAAACAGAUCCUGAGCAAGAACGGGGGGUUGAUGGCGGACGGGGCGCGCCACGCCUUCGACAAGAAGGGGGUGAUUGCGGUGGGGCUGGAGGACCGGGAGAAGAGGAGCGUGAACCUGGAACGAGCCCUGGAGCUGGCCAUCGAGGCGGGCGCCGAGGACGUGAGGGAGGCCGAGGACGACGAGGGCCGCGACCGCUUCCAGUUCAUCUGCGACGUGCCCUCGCUGCAUCGAGUGAGACGGCGGCUGGCCGAUCUGGGCCUGUGCCCCGUGGCCUGCUCCCUGGAGUUCAUCCCCCACACGGCGGUGCAGCUGGCCGGCCGAGACCUGGAGACGGCGGCCCGGCUCAUCGAGGCGCUCAGCGGCUACGAGGACGUCAUCCGGGUCUUCGACAACAUCGAGUAGCCCGGCGGGAGGGAGGGGGCCGCCGCGUCCGUCCCCCGCCCCGCUCGGGCAGCCCGAGGCCGGGCCGAGACCUCAGGCGCUGUGGUUCCUGGGCCGCCGAGGCGGUCUCCCCGGCCUCUCCCGAGGCCGCGCGGGGCGAGGAGGGCUACUGAGCCCGACGCCAGGCAGCAGCACCAGAAACAGCCGUGUCGGUGGGCCACGGUCGGCGCGGGACCAUCGGCCCAUCCGCGGCCCGGCCCGGGGCGCCCUGCGGCCGGACGUCCCAGCAGACGGCUGCGGCCCCCUGCCCGGCCCAGCUCUCCCCACCCGGACCUCGGCCUCUCCCUCUCGUGGGGUCCUGCUCGGCCCCGAACCCGAGACACCCGGCCUGCCGCCGGCCGGGAGGCGGAGGUCCGGCCGGCCGAGCCCCGGGGCGAAGGGCUCGGAUCAGCGGCCCGCAGAGAGCGUUUCCCUCCCAGCGCUGAUGCGGUCACCGGCCCCGUCCGGCGGUCACGCCCCCGUAAAAUUAGUCCAAUAGGGAUGCAUGGUUUUUAAUUGAAGGUUUUGGGCAAAUAACUUAAUAAACACCAUGAGAAAUGAUAUUUUCCCAUGAGAAACGGGGAUCAUUUGGAGGUUUGGCCAGGCUCGUACCAGAAUUAGCGGGAACCUACAGGAGGCUACCCGUCGUCCGUCGGGGUCUCCAGGCUGGGCUGCGCCAGUCAGCGACAGCCAUUCCUCCCUCUGCCCGGGGGCACAACUCUGCCCCGCCUGCGGUGCACCUCGGCUCGCCCCCCGCUCCCACCCAGUUUGCCAGCUGUACCUCCGGUUCGUCCCUCCCCGGCUACACCGGACGCCCCUUGAGGGCAGGAUCGUCUCUGCUGUCUCGACUGCCCUCUCAAGCGCUCAGUACAGCGCUCUGCCCCUAGAAGACUGUAGACUCCUUGGGGGCAGGGAUGAUGUCCCAAUCAGUGGUAUUUAUUGAACACCUACUGGGUACAGAGCACCGAACUAAGCGAUCGGGAGAGCAGAAUCCAACAGAGCGGGGAGACGAGUCCCCUGCACUAGCUAGAUCAUUCUCUCCCAAAGCCUCACUACGGUGCUGAGCAUUCAGUGUGUCCUUAAAAAAUAUUAUGCAUCUGAAUCAAGACAGCUCGGAUAACAGGAAAUAAAAAUGGGCAAUUGGAGAAAA